CCCGGCGCCGCCCAUGGCCGACGCCCCCCCGCGCCGCCUCGGCCUGGCCCCCCCGCCCGGGGACGCCCCCCGCGCCGAGCUGGUGGCGCUCACGGCCGUGCAGAGCGAGCAGGGCGAGGCGGGCGGGGGCGGCUCCCCGCGCCGCCUGGGCCUCCUGGGCAGCCCCCUGCCGCCGGGCGCGCCCCUCCCGGGGCCGGGCUCGGGCUCGGGCUCCGCCUGCGGCCAGCGCUCCUCGGCCGCGCACAAGCGCUACCGCCGCCUGCAGAACUGGGUGUACAACGUGCUGGAGCGACCCCGCGGCUGGGCCUUCGUCUACCACGCCUUCAUAUUCCUGCUGGUCUUCAGCUGCCUGGUGCUGUCUGUGCUGUCCACGAUCCAGGAACACCAGGAACUUGCCAACGAGUGUCUCCUCAUCUUGGAAUUCGUGAUGAUCGUGGUGUUCGGCCUGGAGUACAUCAUCCGAGUCUGGUCGGCCGGAUGCUGCUGCCGCUACCGAGGAUGGCAGGGCCGCUUCCGCUUUGCCAGAAAGCCCUUCUGUGUCAUCGACUUCAUCGUGUUCGUGGCCUCGGUGGCUGUCAUUGCCGCGGGCACACAGGGCAACAUCUUUGCCACCUCGGCGCUGCGCAGCAUGCGCUUCCUGCAGAUCCUGCGCAUGGUGCGCAUGGACCGGCGCGGCGGCACCUGGAAGCUCCUGGGCUCGGUGGUCUACGCGCACAGCAAGGAACUGAUCACCGCCUGGUACAUUGGGUUCCUGGUGCUCAUCUUCGCCUCCUUCCUGGUCUAUCUAGCCGAGAAGGAUGCCAACUCGGACUUCUCCUCCUAUGCUGACUCGCUGUGGUGGGGGACGAUCACCCUGACGACCAUCGGCUAUGGGGACAAGACUCCACACACGUGGCUGGGCAGGGUCCUGGCUGCCGGCUUCGCCUUACUGGGCAUCUCCUUCUUUGCCUUGCCCGCCGGCAUCCUUGGCUCCGGCUUUGCCCUGAAGGUCCAGGAGCAGCAUCGGCAGAAGCACUUUGAGAAACGGAGGAUGCCAGCAGCCAACCUCAUUCAGGCUGCGUGGCGCCUGUACUCCACAGACACGAGCCGAGCCUACCUGACAGCCACCUGGUACUACUAUGACAGCAUCCUCCCGUCCUUCAGAGAGCUGGCGCUCUUGUUUGAGCACGUGCAGCGGGCCCGCAAUGGGGGCCUGCGGCCCCUGGAGGUGCGGCGGGCGCCGGUCCCCGACGGAGCGCCCUCCCGUUACCCGCCCGUUGCCACCUGCCACCGGCCGGGCAGCACCUCCUUCUGCCCCGGGGAAAGCAGCCGCAUGGGCAUCAAAGACCGCAUCCGCAUGGGCAGCUCCCAGCGACGGACAGGCCCCUCCAAGCAGCACCUGGCGCCCCCGCCUGUGCCCACCUCCCCCAGCAGCGAGCAGGUGGGCGAGCCCACCAGCCCCGCCAAGGUGCAGAAGAGCUGGAGCUUCAACGACCGCACCCGCUUCCGGGCCUCUCUGAGGCUCAAGCCUCGAGUCUCCACCGAGGAGGGCCCCUCGGAGGAUGUGGCCGAAGAGAAGAGCUACCAGUGUGCGCUUACGGUGGAUGACGUCAUGCCCGCUGUCAAGACGGUCAUCCGCUCCGUCAGAAUCCUGAAGUUCCUGGUGGCCAAAAGGAAAUUCAAGGAGACGCUGCGACCCUACGACGUGAAGGACGUCAUCGAACAGUACUCAGCGGGACACCUGGACAUGCUGGGCCGCAUCAAGAGCCUGCAGACUCGGGUGGACCAGAUCGUGGGCCGGGGCCCUGGGGACCGGAAGACCCGGGAGAAGGGCGACAAGGGGACCUCAGACACCGAGGCGGUGGACGAAAUCAGCAUGAUGGGACGCGUGGUCAAGGUGGAAAAGCAGGUACAGUCCAUCGAGCACAAGCUGGACUUGCUGUUGGGCUUCUACUCACGCUGCCUGCGCUCUGGCACCUCGGCCAGCCUGGGCACCGUGCAGGUGCCCCUCUUCGAUCCCGACAUCACCUCCGACUACCACAGCCCGGUGGACCACGAGGACAUCUCCGUGUCCGCACAGACGCUCAGCAUCUCCCGCUCGGUCAGCACCAAUAUGGACUGAGGGGCUUCGCAGGGGCCGGACAGCACUCUGACAGCCCCUCGGCCUGGCGCUUGGACCCGCCCUCCGAGGCCUCCGCACGCGGCCCUUACUUGAACUCGCUCCCUCGAGGGGAGAGAGGCCACACGCAGUAUUGACCUGCCUGGGUGGGCGAGACACCCGCUGCGGAUGCCAGCGACCCGUCCCACUUCGGGAGCGUGAGAUGCCAGGCCACAGGGGAGGAGCAGCAUCGGCUGCCCCGGACCGCCCGGGCCCCAGUGCCCUGCCGGUUCCAUCUUCAUCAAGACCCGCCCACCACGCCCCCUGGCAGGGCCGCUGCCCGGGGAGUGGGAGUGGGACGCUGGAACACUAGCGUGCUGAGAUCCUGGGCCUGCACCCAGCGUCCAGCGAUGCAAGGAGAGGUCUCUGGCCAGGCCAUGAAACAGGGCAGGGAAGGCCUCAAGCCAAGGCCCCGCCCCACAUAGGGGUGGACCCAAGGUGCCCCUACAGGUACCCACAAAGCACAGGAGCCUGCCCCGGGGCAGGUGGGCACCAUAUAUGCAAACUAUGUUAAAUAUGCAACACUGGGGACCCCCAUGGGGUCCCUCUGCCCCUCCCCCAUUGGGAGCCGGGCCCCCAGCAGUAGCUGGUCUCAGGCUGCUUGGCCAUACCCCAUCCCUGUUCCUUCGCUUAUCACCUCCUCCCCAUCCAGCAUGGGGCCUGAUCCCCCCUGCCCCAGCCUCCCCAACGGCAGUGCCUGGGCCUUUCUUCCCACUUGCGGGUGUCCCCUCCUGCUGAAUGUCCACUCUUCUCUAUGACCCUCUGGACACCUUCGGCAACACAGGCUUCUAAAUUCACCCACAGACCUCUGACAGGGAAUGCUCCUGGGGUCACACCAACACGCCCCUGCAGCCCUCGAGCCACAAGAAGUCUCACUCAUACUGGGGUGCUCUGUCCACACCGGUGUGGAGGCGGCGCCGAGCCCCUCCCCUGCCCCGGCCUCAGCUGCGGAGGCAGCAGGCUGACCUUGAGUGCAGCACGAGGGAGCUGUGCGGUGACCCCACGCCUCUCCAGGCCCCUGCCCAGAGCUGUCCCCACCCCCCCUUCUCAAGGAGCCCUCAUGCUGCAUCUGCCCGCAGGGGGCCUCCUGGGGGCCCACAGCACAACUCAGGCUCAGGCCUCUGGGGCUUGGGUGGCACUUGAAGGAGCCCAGGCCCUUCCCCAGGGCGCCCACGAGCCCGCUUCUCCUAGGCUGCCCCUUUCUGGGCCCUCCGCUCCCAGGCAGAGAAUGACUCACCCAGCAGCUGCCCUUGGCCAGGCAGCAGGUGCCCCUGGCCCGCACAAGCACUGUUUCCCCUCCUUCCACACCCCUGUUCACUUCAGUCGGCAGCCCCCACCCCAUGCUAGUGUAAGCCCCACAUCUACUCCAGGCCCCAGCACCCCUUUGGUACCCCAAUUCCAUCCCCUCUGUCUUUUCUCUACAGAGCCAAUGCAGGUGUCUGUCGGGAGGGUGGUGGAUGGGUGGUGGCCCUCUGUGUGGAGGGGGUGGAGAGGGGAGGGGGCAGUGACCCACAGCUCAGGCCCAGCUCCUGCAUUGUGUGGCUGGGGCGUUGCAUGCACCAGCGCCGGGCCUGGGCUCAGAUCUCAAGCAGUCCUGUGGUGCCCAGCCUCUGCCCCAACAUGUCCUUUGCAUGUGACCAUCAUGCCUUUGAUGAAGCCUGUUCUGGCUCCUCCCACCCCAUCCCUACUCUGUCCCCAGAGAGCCAUCUCUCCAGCCCUUCAGAAUCAGCUGUGGAUUGGGGCAGGAGAGUGGGAUCACCCUAUGACCCAGGGAGUCUCGGGAAGAUGCCCCCCUUCUACGAUUGAGGACCCCCCACCCACAACCUGUUUCUCAGAUAUGCAAGUACCUCACUUUGUUAACUUAUUAACUUAUUGGUUUCAUUAAAGUUUUCAGUAGGA